GUUCUUAUUAACAAUAAAGUUAAGGCUAGGCAACAUAGUUUUUAAUUAAUUAUACUAUUGGUCUACCAUUUGCACCAUUAAGGAAUGUCAACACGAACCGUGGAUAACUGCCCUGAUAAGGCCUCCGCUACAACAAAUUUUGUUUAUGUAUCAGAGCACGAUGACCUUCUUCGAUCCGAAUUUGUCGAGGCUGGCGGCUUGUGGGUCACAAUUGGAGAGGCAGUUCGUUUGCUGGUGCUUGUAGUAACCCUUCUCACCUUCAUCGCAGCGUGUUUACUUUGAGGUCUCAUGCACUCAUACAAGAUGGCUGUUUGGCGCUUAACAGCGUACAGCGCAAGAUUUUGCGGGUGUCCGUCAGGGACCUCUUGACUCUUAAGGCGUAUCCACAGCAUAAGGACCUUCCUUCCUUGGGUAUGGUGUACGGAAAGGUUACCGGCAUCGUGGACAAGGUGCGACCAGUGGAGCUAAAGGCAGAUGAUGUCAUCCAGCGGCUAUUGAAGGCCAAGGGUCAGGUCCUGACGAAGGACCAGCAGAUUGCGUUUGAACUGGACACGGGGAAUUACAAAUUAAUCGUGGAGCAGUUGCUGGUCGAUGUGGGCGGGAAGUCAAUGGAGACCAGCCGUGGCGUUCUUUCCGGACGCACGGCCUUCUUUUUCACCAAUGAAGGCGACAGUCCGAUAACUAUCACAGGCCAGAAGGGCUACGCGUCUAGCCAAAUCUUCAAGCACAAGACCGUAAAUUUUGAGAGUCUGGGCAUUGGUGGCCUAGACCAGCAGUUCGAGGUUAUUUUCCGUCGUGCAUUCGCCAGCCGCGUGUUCCCGCCGUCCAUCAUUCAGCGCCUGGGGAUUAAACACGUCAAGGGCAUCCUGCUGCACGGCCCUCCCGGUACGGGCAAGACGCUCAUUGCGCGCCAGAUCGGCAAGAUGCUGAAUGGCAAGGAGCCCAAGAUCGUGAACGGUCCCGAAGUGCUAAACAAGUUCGUGGGUCAGAGCGAGGAGAACAUCCGUAAUCUGUUUGCGGAGGCUGAAGCGGAGUACAAGGCCAAGGGAGAUGCAUCGGCGCUGCACAUCAUCAUCUUUGACGAGAUCGAUGCGAUCUGCAAGCAGCGCGGGUCCGUUCGUGACGGUUCCGGCGUGCACGACACCGUCGUUAACCAGUUGCUGACUAAGGUGGAUGGUGUGGAUGCGCUGAACAACAUACUUCUGAUUGGCAUGACGAAUCGGAAAGACAUGCUGGACGAGGCGCUGCUGCGUCCAGGGCGUCUGGAGGUGCAGAUCGAGAUUGGGCUUCCGGACGCGGCGGGCCGCUUACAGAUUCUUAAGAUCCAUACCAGCAAGAUGAGCGAAAAUGCUUUUCUCGCGCAAAACAUUGACCUCGCACGCCUUGCGGAGCUCACCAAGAACUUCAGCGGGGCCGAGCUGGAGGGCUUGGUCAAGGAUGCCACAGCCUACGCUUUGAACCGGGCCGUCAACUUUGAUGACUUGCACGCUCCGCUGGAGGAGGAGAACUUGAAGGUGACCAUGGAGGACUUUGAAAAGGCGCUCGAGGAGGUCAAGCCCGCGUUCGGCACUUCCGUGGAGACAUUGGAGUCGUACCUCACACACGGCAUUAUCCCUUGCGGAGAUGCAUUUGAACAGUUGCAGAGCUCCUUGUCCAUGCUGGUGCAGCAGGUGAGGAAGAGCGACAAGACGCCGCUGCUGUCGGUGAUCCUGGAAGGGCCAGUCGGCAGCGGCAAAAGCGCGUUGGCGGCGGCGGCAGCAAAGCAUUCCGACUUUCCCUUCUGCAAGGUCGUCUCCAGCGAAACGAUGGCUGGCUACUCCGAGCAGGCCAAGGCCAGUCAGAUCAUCAAGGUGUUUGAGGACGCAUACAAGUCUCCGCUUUCGGUGAUCAUUCUCGAUGACAUUGAACGCCUGCUGGAGUACGUUGCAAUUGGGCCGCGGUUCAGCAACACAAUUCUGCAGGCACUCUUGGUGGUUGUCAAGCGCAUGCCGCCACCAGGCCACAAACUACUCGUAAUCGGCACCACCAGUAUGCACGACGUGAUGGAGUCCAUGGGCCUGAACGAGGUGUUCAACGUGUCACUCCACGUUCCGGCUCUCCGUAUGGAUGAGAUGAUCAAAGUGUUGCGGCACGUGGACUGCUUCGACGUCAUGGACAUCCCGCAGGCCGUCGACGUGCUCACAACGAGCAGCUCGCAAGUGAGCUGGCAUCGGCACCAGCGCCGCGAUCAGUGCCAUGGGUUGGUUCUCCGCGAAGAGGCAUAUGCCGCUGCGUUAAGGGCCGCAUAUACCUGGCAGCCAAUCUGCGAAAUAGCCCGUGAGAGUUUUUACUAUCGCGUAGUAAUUCAUUUAACCUGUGUCCGGCAGAUGAGUAAUUACUGGGCUCCGACGUUUUGCUUCGUUUAUUUUAUAAAUUAUGGCGUUCAAAAUUCCUAA